GGCGCGGUGCGUGGUUCUACAUAAGCUAGGGUGCUAACGUAAAUAGCUUAUUAAUGCGCCUUGAAAGACGACUGCAUUUCGAAGGCUGUUGGAUGGAUAUUACUUAACGACGGUUAAUAGCUGUGUUUGUUGUCUGUGAUAGUUUCACUCGCGUUAGUCCUCCGGGCUUAUCCACUCAGUUAGCAGCUAACGUUAUGUUAGCUUGAGCAUUAACAGGCUAGCCGGCUGACUUGAUACACAACACUGGCGGUUACGAACACUAUUUAUUGCGUUACCUAUGGCUUUCUAUGAAGUGUAUUCUCAUCCGGCUUUGAUUCGGUACAAAACGAGUGUUUGCACAAAAGCCACUCUGUUUCUGGUUGUUGUUCUCUGCCUCACCUACAUCCCACCUCUGCUGGUUGCUUACAGGAGCCAAGGUUUCUGGAUCAAAAGAAGCACUUAUGAGGAACAACCGGUUGUGAGGUUCCAGUACCAGACUCUGCUGGUGGCAGCAACCAGUACUCAGGGAGACUAUGUGGCCUGGAGCACCUUUCCCCAUCUUAACAACAUGCUUGGGGCCAACCUCCGGAUCCCUGCUGUUUCUGUAAGAGAUUACCACAAAGAAGAAGACCAGAACCAGGACGGGAAGUUGGAUCUUCUGAAUUUUCAACUGCAGCUACCUAAACCUGAGGAACAGGUGUACAGUGUCCAACUGCUGCUCACCUUCAGCUACCAGCUCUUUCGGAUGUCCACAGUAGUGAUGCAGAGCCUGGCCUAUGUGCAGCACUCUUCUUCUGUCCCCGGAGCUAAGCUGUUCAUCAGCGGAGACCUGAGGCUGCAGCAGAAGACACCCCUGCCUCACCGAGGACUGUUCAACAUUUACAAUGUGUCAGUGAUCGAUGGCUCCAGCCCCUUUGCAAGUGCGUAUGACCUUGACAACAUAAUUGGAAGCUACCAGGAUAGAAACUUGACCACAGUACUGUCCUGUCCCAUGCCAGUCUGGACUGUGGGACGAGCUGCUGGUUCUCCCUUUCAGCUAAAUGCAAAAAUCCGGUACCCUUUGGAGGUCAUAAGCUAUCGUCCUGGCUUCUGGGAAACCAUCAAAUUUGCCUGGGUUCAAUACAUCAGUGUCCUCCUUGUCUUCCUCUGGAUCUUUGAACGCAUACAGAGAUUUGUUUUUCAGAACCAGGUUCUAACUACCGUACCCAUACCAGUGGGAAAAUCUCAUCUUUCAUGAUGCAGUAGAAGUGCCUUGACCUCCAGGUAUACAAAAACCACCAGGUUGCUUUUUUCAGAGACAAUAUGUGUCUCACAGUGACUCAACAACACUGAAAUGUAAUACCAAAUCAAUGGUUGUUUUAGGGAAUAGGCAUUUGGUCAGUUUUGUAAUUACAUUAUGAGAACAUAAACAUUAAAUUCUACCAUCUGUCUCUGGAAGAUAUUUGCUUCCUUGGUUACCCAUGCUGAUAGUAUAACGUUCACACAACAGUGGUGUAUAGAUAAUGUUAUCUCUAACGAACUUGUGGCUGCUUUAAAACUAAAUGUAGAGAAACUUUAAAUUGUACACAGAAUUCAUUUGAAAAAUGAUUAGAAGUUGCAGUGCACUGUUUCCAUAUGAAGCAAAUGUCAUGAAUGAAGUUACCAAGCCACAUCCAUUUCAUUUUGAAACUUCAACUUACUUUUAUCACUUUAAGAUGUCUUUCUAGUUUGUCCUCAUUACAUAAAAAUUUGACCAAUGAACCCCUUAAUAAUUUGCCUGUAUUUUAUUCACAACUGAGAGAUACACAAAUUAAUUUAUAUGGUAACCCUUUCUUGUCCAGGUUUCUACGCAGGCCCUGCUCUACACUAGUUACACUAGUUCUUGCUCUUGAAAAGGCAUUUCUUCUUUUACUGCUGUUUGAAGCAAUCGAGAUUUAUAGAAAAUAUAAAUACAUUUUCUAUAUUUUUACUAUUUGUAUGUGUGACAGUUUGUGACUGUAAUUAAAGAAAUACUUUGUCAAUG